AUGGCGCUUACACAGACUAUUCCGAUACCUGUUGCAAUGCAGGAUCUGAGUCGUCAGAUUGCUCACAUCCGACGCAGGACCAAUACCUUGAUUGACUAUUACAUCUAUCCUGGCGCAGUGCCUUCGCAGAUCGCUGCCUAUGACCCGCGGCUGGCGCUUCUUGACGCUCGUCUGACCAAUCUCAACAAGAUCUCAUACACUAAACUCGCAUACAUCCUCGACAGCUCGGACGCGCUCGCCGGAUCACACAUCACCGAUGUUAUCGAUCAGCUCCUCAACGCCGUACACGGCAUCCAGGAACUCUUCAUCAUUCACUAUGAUCCGCAGCUCGAGAAGCGCAAGCCCUUCGACACCAUCUACCAGACCCUUCUGUUCCGGGAGCGCCAAAUGAAAGAUACCGUGCACUUUCAGAUGACUGACACCCAGCGUGCGAAGCCCGAGGAACUACUCAGCAACCAGACCAACGGCUUCUGUCGCGGGGCAGUGAUGCUUUUGAAUGGGCGAGACAGGGGCAAGAUCGCCUAUGUCGUCCCGAGAGAUCUCUUGACGGAUAACCGGGAGCGCCUCGACCGGUACGGCGGCGCAUACCUGUGGUGGGAAUGUCCAGAAUGCGAGUUUCGAUUACGCUACCAUGUGUCCGCAUCUUCGCACAGCAACAUCCAUUCAACACAAGAGCUUCGUGAGCAUCCGGGCGUCAAAGCCGAGUACAAGAGUGCCUUUCUCUGCAAGAGCCAUCUGUACCAGCCCCUCGGCAGAGGUUCCCGCGGCAGUGUCUCUUCACCCGCCAAGUACGGCUGCUUGAUCUGCUUUGCUCAGGACAAGAAGGACAAAGGAAUGCCGAUUUUCUACACCGGACGCGAGCUCGUCUCUCACGUGGCCUCAAAGCACAAGGGGAAGAACCUGCCGGCGCCGCCGUUGCUGCAAAAGUUCAACAUUGGCGUCAAGGGCAAAACGGAUGCUAAUGUCAGACGCUGGGACAUCAAUCUGACUUAA